AUGCCCCCUGGGGUAUCCGUUGGCGAUGAAGGAAUGUUGCAGAUUUUCAAUAUUCCUGGAGUUGGAGAAGGAAGCCUUCAGCACAUGGUCUUCUACCCCACAGUUGAGCAGGCGAAAGCGGAGACGGCGCAUUUGGAAGAUCCCUAUUAUCAACAAAAAAAAAUGAACUACCAAGUGAUUUAUAGUCAACCAGCAGCAGAAAGUCAACAAUACUAUACGCAGCAAAGAGAGGAAGCCAGUGAUUAUCAGCCAGAAGACUCCUCAACUGCUCAGUAUCAAGAGUACAACCCGUAUGCAAAACCACGUACUCCACCACAAGAAGAGGAAGAUAUUGGAGAUUAUGUUUAUAACACCACUGUGCCGGUGGAGCAAAAUGGAGCAUCCCCACAACCAAAUGAGUACAAUCCAGAAGUAUGA